GUGUACAUAGCAACGCGACUACCAUAUCAUCAUUCGGCCACUGUUUAUAACUCUACGGCUCUUACAAAGAGAGAUAAUCGAACUUUAAUUACGAUCUAGUAAAUUUCCCCUAAAGCCCCGCAGACUAUCAGAAGAGGGUGUGUGUCCUGUAAUGAACAUCGCCGGAUAUCCCAACAACGACACAAGGACGAGCAGCUCACGCCUCGGUCCAAAUGCAGCACUCUUGUCGACGUACGCGAAGGAGUACACGGGAGCGAUGGGGCCGCCGGCUGAGAAUGCAAGGGUCCGGACAUCGCGGGUUUACGGGUCAGACCGGCCGGACAUCACGUCCACCUACCAGGCGGAGUACGUUCAGUUUCCAGUGACCAGGAAAAGCACCGUCGCCUACGGUACAUCUUCGGGAUAUCGUAAAAAUAACCCGCACCCGCACAACAUGGUGGCAGCGUUCCAACAUCCGAACAGGGACUAUUUUGUAUGGUCUCACUAUCAACGGCUGCCCCCAGUUUCGGCACGCGGGCUCACUGAAGACCUCUGGAGCAAAGACCUCCUGCGUAAAGUGUGCCACGAGACCACGCGGUCCAUCUAUCAACAGGACUACCAUGAACCACCAUAUGCUACCGACCCGACGAGAGGAUCCACCCGUACACGUAGCUUCGCCUCACAGUCUCUCGACGAGCUAAGCCCUGGUCUGAGAUGACACCACAAUUAAGACAAGGGAGGGGACGGGAGGAAUUGGUUACUUUCCAUAAAAAGAGGAGGGGAGGGGAGGGUGGUCAUAUGGCACAUGUGAGAGAGAAGCAAGUGUUUCACAGCCUAAGAAUAACAGGGGGGGGUAAGGUAAACACUUGCAAAAGGUGACAUCCGCUAAGGCUGACGGGUGAAGAAAAGAGAGUGUCGCAUGUUAUACGCGUAUAACAGAAGUCGAGCACUAAUAGGUGAUCAUGCUGGAAAACGAUAAUUUGGUGACAAGGGAAUAAUCGCAUCUUAUUGUGACUUUCUCAUCACUAAACGCUCAGGCUAAUGUCCUUCCUCCUCGCUCAGGCUAAUGUCCUUCCUCCUCGCUCAGGCUAAUGUCCUUCCUCCUCGCUCAGGCUAAUGUCCUUCCUCCUCGCUCAGGCUAAUGUCCUUCCUCCUCGCUCAGGCUAAUGUCCUUCCUCCUCGCUCAGGCUAAUGUCCUUCCUCCUCGCUCAGGCUAAUGUCCUUCCUCCUCGCUCAGGCUAAUGUCCUUCCUCCUGAUAAAAAGAAUAUGAAAUAAACAAUAAGCAAUCAAAUAAACAACAACAUAUUGUCUUCU